GUGGGAAGACUUUUGGACGUCGGUUAGUCAAAAUUUUUAAUCAUUACUUAUCUUAUUUUACACCUAACGGAGAUUUUAUGGGCUGUGUAUGGUGGUCGACUUCGCCUUACCCACCAGUUGUCCAACCAGUCACCGUCUUUUGUCCGCGCUAAAUCACCCCCGUUUCCCCCCCUCAGAUGCUCGCUGCACAUAUCACACAUCACACAUAUGGCCCUAACGCAUUUCCCCCCUCUCUAUAAUCCAUAACCAGUGACCCCCGAUUCCCACCAUCUCCCACGCUUCCCUGUGAAUAUGCUUAUAUGGACAUCAGGGAUCUCCUCGUCCGUCACGAGAAACUCGUCCACCUCAAUGAAGGGUCUAAUAAGGAUGGCAACCGGCCACGGAAGCCAUCCACGGCUGGCGCUGCCCAACCGCGGCUCUCCACAGACAGUCAUGUCGAUACCGAAAUGAUGGGUGUGCCUCGGGCUCACCCGCAGCAUUAUCACUCGGACUCUAUGUCCUCAUCCGUAGUUGUUCCUCCGCUUGCUCCUGACCCUCGUCAUUCUGCUAGAGCCGCAGCUUGCAAUCUUGACCUCUUAUCUGAUGCUGCGACCCAGAUAGCCUCCGCAAACGAGGUUAAUUCGAUGCAACCGAUGAUGCCAGAGUUGAGUCAGUCAGGGGGUGGGCUAACACGCAUCAAGUCCUACGACGAGAGUAUGCCAUACGCCGAUCGUGGACGUGAGCCCGAGCCAGUUCCAAUGUCUGUGGGACUACCUAAUCCAGCAGCACCGCCUGCCUUUGACGAUUACAACCUCUUCUUGGACGAAUUUGCGACUUCGUCUCACUUUCUACCACAAGGCUUCGAAGCGGAUCAGGGUAUGAGUAUCUGGCCACGCCAUCUUGCAGAUAUCCACCGAGGCGUGCUGUCAAAACCAUCGUCACAGUUUCCCUCUCGUUUCCCGUCGUUAGCACCUGAUCCGAGGGACCCGUCAGAAAGUGGGAACAGGACGCAUGACGAGUCGGCAAGAGCGCAGCCUAUGAGAGUCUCGGCGAUGGACCACACAGUCAUUAAAAACCGACUAGACGAGUUUUCAUCAGUACUACCUAACGAUUUUGUAUUCCCCUCUCGACACACUCUCACUCGUUUCCUAGAAGGGUACGUAAGCGGUUUCCACGAACACCUACCGAUCCUACAUUUACCGACCAUCACGGCCGCCGAGUUGGCACCGGAACUAUUGUUGGCUAUUCUAGCAGUAGGUGCCCAAUAUAGGUUUGAAAGCCAUCGAUCAAAUGCACUAUGGUACGCCGCAAAAGCGGUGGCACUCGAGCAAAUUCGACGCCGCCAUAGUCAUGAGAUCCAUGGUUUGCUACCUACGCCAGCUGCAUAUAGCCCACACUCUACACGGCCGUCCCCGAGUCACGGUUUCCGCCAUUCGUUCAGUUCCGUCCAACAAGAGCGCCCAAUGACCCAAGACACGCAUCGGGAACCAUAUUCACCUAACACACCUCAAUCCCGAAUGGAAACCAUACAGGCUCUCUUACUACUCUUUGCCGUUGGCCUCUGGGGUGCUAAAGCCAUCCUUCGCGAAGCCUUGUCGUUACAGAGUCUUCUAGCCCUUCUAGUGCGCGAAGAAGGAUUCUUAUCUGAGUCCACACAAACGGCGGACUGGGAAGCAUGGGUCCGAAUAGAAGGAGCAAACCGCACCAAGCUCAUUACAUAUUGCUUCUUCAACCUCUCUAGCAUCGCUUACAAUAUGCCGCCUCUAUUGCUUACGUCAGAACUUAGCCUUAUACUUCCACACUCUGCGAAACUCUGGAGAGCGGAAACAGCUUGGCAAUGGCAAGAAGCACGUCAAUCUUUCCCAAGUAUGGAUAUAUCUCUCCAAGACGCAUUUUCGAGAUUAUUCAGUCGAACCUCGCAAGGGCCUCCGGCAUACAUGUCGUCUCUGGGUAAUUACAUCCUAAUCCAUGCCAUAUUACAACACAUUUUCCUCCUGAAGCAGACAUCAUUCAACUCGGUGUCCAUCUUCGGCGGGCUUCGCCAAGAUGAUGUGGAAGAUUGCUUCCAGGCCCUACGAAUCUGGCAGAUGAGUUUCGAGCAACACCAGGCGCGUGUGACAGAGGGCUCCCAGCAGAACGGUUCGGACGUGUUCCACGGAGGCCCUGUUGCUUAUAAUUCGACAGCACUCUGGCGACUGGCUUCGAUCCGUUUAUAUACCGAUUUGAGCCCGAGUAGGACUCUCGAAACAAGAGACGCGAGUCAAAUCGCCCAAUCAUUCCAUGACGCGCCAUAUCUCCUUCGUAGUGUCCGUCUUAACCGAGCAGUGUUCCAGGCCAUACACGCGCUGUCUAUGCUCGUAAAGGUGGGCGUUAACUACGUAGCGAGAAGGAAGUCGUCGGAGUGGAGUAUGCAGCACUCAUUGUGUAAUCUAGAAUGCGCUAUACUUCUAUCGAAGUGGUUAAUGACGCUUUCCUCGACGGGAUCGACAGGUGCUCCACCCGAAGUUGACGAAAGAAACCUCCUCGAGAUGCUACGCCAUAUGCUUGACGAAACAGAGUUCGCAGUGCCUAUCGAUCCGUCGCUUUCCGGGGGAGGUCCAGGGCACGGGCCGUCGAAUAUGGACAUAGCCGCUAAUGAUGGUACAAAAUUGCGUCAGCUUGCUGUGGCGGUAAUCCGUCUGUGGGCUGAGACAUUUAAGGGAUCGCACAUUUUCGACAUUGUUAAAGUAAUCGGGGCCGGAUUGGAGGGGUACGCAGACCUGUUGGAGAAACCGCGCGAUAGAACACCAUUAGGCCGUAUGGUGCCCAAUUCAGGGCUUGGCUGAUUCAAUCCGGGAGAAUUCUACCAUAACCGACGUAUGAGCGUGCCUCAGGGACGCUCCGGACUUACCCGAUCACGCAUCAAUAUUGACCUUGUCGUUGAUGGGUACGUAGUCUUUCAGUCAGCCCUCCGACCAAAUACUUCGCAACAUAAAGGAUGGUUGUGCUAUUUAUUAGAAUAUGAUGUGGAUGGAUCUUGGUGCUUAGCUUAGCAUGAAAAGCCUGAUCAACAUAAGCAUUACUAUAGCUAUUAGUAAGUAUAGUGUUAAAAGGCUCAACAAUGACCUAUCUUAACCUAUUUUGGGUGGAUAGAAGGAACAAAUUGUUCCGAUAAUCAGCAUGUCGAGAAAUUAAAUAUUUUGCUGAAACGCGAAAGACGCAAGAAAGUCACAACACUGUUACGGUCGAAGAUUUCUUCGAAUAUCCAAACAUGUAGUGUACCACUUCUUAGCAACAAUUAAGAUCAAGCUAAAAUAGAAAAGAAAAAAGAAUACGAGAC